GAAGAAGAACGUGUGAUUAUUAUAUGAAUCUGGGACUUUCACCAAAUCCAUUGUCAGUGGCGCGUUUCUCCUGAUUUUUUUCGGAGACGCACCGCGUGAGGUGUUGAUGAAUCAAUCCUCUGGGCGUCAGUUGCCGCGCAGUCGCGCAGUAAAUCAUUCUGAGGAACUUCGCUUCCCCGCAGGACGAGCUCAGGGAGCGCGGGGCGACUGACAAAAUACUCCCCCCACCACCACCACCAUCACCACCAUCAUCACCACCGCCACCGGCACCGGCUGCUGCUGCUGCUGCUCGGCGCCUGGAGAGGAGCGAGCAGAGCUGCGUGCGCUUCUCGCUCUGUCUCUCGCGCGCGCGCACACACACACACACACACAGACACACACACAGACACACACACACACACACACACAGCAGCAGCAGCCAUCCGAGAGCGCGUGCCGAAGCGCGUUUCGCCUCGCAGUCUGUGACCACAGCGGGACCGAUGUUGGCAGCGCGCAACUGCGUCCGUCCAAAAUGUGCCAGUGCGACUCGUCUGGAUCGAAGCCGAGACCCGGGUCCCUCGCCGAAGCCGGGAAGCUCUUCCUGAAGCACACCACCCUGCACGGCUUGCGGCACGUCUUCCUCGGCGGCUCCUACCCGCGGAGGGUCGCGUGGCUGCUGGCUGUCCUGGCCGCGCUGGCGCUGCUCUUCACCUGGUCCUCGAACCGAGUGCGCUACCUGCUCUCGUCGCCCGUGUACACCAAGGCGCACAUGGUGUACGCCAAGCGGCUCGUGUUCCCCGCCGUCACCAUCUGCAACCAGAACCUCCUGCUGCCGCGGCGCAUGAAGAAGACGGACAUAUUCAGCGCGGGGAGGUGGCUGGGACUGCUGGGCAGGAACUGGCAGGUGUCGCCCGCGGCCAGAGAGGCGCUCGCGCCGCUGCGGGGCGGCGCGGGCGGCGCGGGCGGCGGAGGAGCCGCGGGCGAGCCGCCCUGGUCGCCGCUGUCUCGGAUUUUGGACUUCGACCACUUUCUCCCGCCGCCGCGGGAGUCGCAGCCGUCCAUGAGGCAGCUGCUGGACCGACUGGGCCACCAGCUGGAGGAGAUGCUCUUGUACUGCCGGUACCAGGGGGAGCUCUGCGGGCCGCGCAACUUCAGCACCAUAUUCACACGCUAUGGAAAAUGCUACACCUUUAAUUCGGGCAAAGAUGGACGACCCUUGAUGGUGACGAUGAAGGGCGGGAUGGGCAAUGGCCUGGAGCUGAUGCUGGAUAUCCAGCAGGAUGAAUACUUGCCUGUAUGGGGAGAGACUGACGAGACGUCGUUUGAGGCGGGGAUCAAAGUUCAGAUCCACACGCAGGAAGAGCCGCCGUUCAUCGACCAGCUGGGCUUCGGAGUGGCGCCCGGGUUCCAGACCUUCGUGUCCUGUCAGGAACAGCGGCUGACGUACCUGCCUCCACCAUGGGGCGACUGCAAGGCCACGCCGAUGGACUCGGACUUCUUCAGCAGCUACAGCAUCACGGCCUGCCGCAUCGACUGUGAGACGCGGUACCUUGUGGAGAACUGCAACUGCAGGAUGGUCCACAUGCCUGGAGAUGCCCCGUACUGCACCCCGGAGCAGUACAAAGAAUGUGCAGAUCCUGCCUUGGACUUCCUCGUCGAGAGGGAUAACGACUACUGCGUGUGCGAGACGCCGUGCAACUUAACGCGCUACGGUAAAGAGAUGUCCUUCGUCAAGAUCCCCAGCAAAGCAUCGGCCAAGUAUCUCGCCAAGAAAUUCAACAAGACAGAGCAGUACAUAGCUGAUAACAUUCUGGUCUUGGAUAUCUUCUUCGAGGCACUGAACUACGAGACCAUCGAACAAAAGAAAGCCUACGAGUUGGCCGGCCUUCUGGGUGACAUUGGAGGUCAGAUGGGCCUCUUCAUCGGUGCCAGCAUCCUCACCAUUCUCGAACUCUUUGACUAUCUAUAUGAGGUGAUCAAGUACAAGCUGUGCCGAUGCGUGAAGAAGAAACACAAAGGCCACAACAACAACGACCGGGGAGCUGUGCUGAGCCUGGAUGAUGUGAAACGCCAUGCUCCUUGCGAGAACCUGCGUACGCCAUCAACGUAUCCUGGCAACAUGCUACCUCACCACCCGGGCCAGGGGAACUUUGAGGACUUCACUUGCUGAGCGGGGCCAGGUGAAAGCAUCAGAGUGUGUUAUGCAACCAAAGCCAACCAUACAACAAGAACUAUCCAACACGGGGGGAGUGUGAGGGAACUGACACAAAGUCUAAAAAACAGAGGCACUUCUUUUUUUCUUUUUUUUUCAUACAAACAAAGGAGGACAAAUCAAACAUGACAAAGGACUUUCACCUGACGCCCGAGUGGAGAGGAUAAUCCCAAAUAUAAAUACAUCUGUUAACUCUCCUGUGUUUUUCCUCUGGAAUACUGCCGCAAAGGGAUGCUCGUGGAGAAACCUUACCAACACGGACCUCUCUUUCAAAAGACAACAACAACAACAAAAAAAGUGAAAACAAAUAAGGGGAAAAUGUACAGUUAUCUCACCAUAAACAGGUUAUCAGAAAAAGAAAAAAAAAGAGAGAGAGAGCCUCCAUGCCUUUAUACGACACAGCAGCACACAAUGGAUUCACACAACACUGGCCUGCGACGUGGGACAAAUCUCCAUAGUGCUUACUCCACUGUACAUGUAGCAACAUCUGUAACCGUUGCAGUGUUCCAUCAAACAACAGCUGGACUUUGUGUAGUUUGUUCGAGAAUGUAUCUUUGUUCACAGUGAGUGUAGUCCAGGUGUGUGUGUGUGUGUGUGUGUGUGUGUGUGUGUGUGUGUGUGGGGGGACUUCUUUUCUCUGGGUGGGGUUGUUUGUGGUGGCAGUGGUAUUGGUAGUGUCCCAUCGUCUACCAUCUAAUAAUGUACUGGUGAAGAUAUCAGGUCUCAUCAUGUUAAAUGCAUGCUCGUGUUCGUCCAGUGCAUGUUUUUAAUUUCACAUACCUAUAAUUACCAAGUUUGCCUCAGCGAUAGGAAGGUGAUACAUGCGUGUGUGUGCGUGCGUGUGCCUGUGCUUGUGUGUGUGUGUGUGUGUGUGUGUGUGUGUGUGUGUGUGUGUGUGUGUGUGUGUGUGUGUGUGUGUGUGUGUGUGUGUGUGUGUGUGUGUGUGUGUGUGUGUGUGUGUGUGUGUGUGUGCUCGUGCGUGUGUGCGUGGAUGCCAACAUCAGUACCCGAGCAGGUACGGCGACUGUCUUUGAUUUUGCAUGGAUGAGCUGUAGGCCUGUCACAAUAAUUACGUUAUGGACUUAUCGUACAAUACGUGAACACGAACACAAUAAUGUUUUAUUGACCUCUCAAUAAGAGCCGUUGUGUUUACACGCAAACUUGUUGACAUGUGAAUGAAUGUCAUCAACAUUGCAGCCGGUCGCGCUGCUUCUUUCUGCUCGGCGUCGGAGGCGCAGCUCACUGACUGUGAUGUUACCAUCUGCUCCAAGACUUCCAUUAUUUAAACUUUAGACAAUAUUUCGACCGACGGGCCUGUACUGCAAGCUCACAUGAUCCAGUAGCAAAAAUUAUAAGUCCUGAAAUGACAAAGAUAUCGUUAAUCACAAAUAUUUCUAGGACAAUAUAUCAUCCGUCAAAAAGCAGUUAUCGUGACAGGCCUAGAUCAGCUGCACCUAAUUUCAUUUAUCAACCAUUCUUUUUUUAUUUCAUUUUCACAUGUGCCAGAUGAGUUGAAGAUUCCUCUUUCAACUUCAUAUCCUUUUAUUUCGACUCCUGGAUGCGGUGAGGUGAAUUUGUUCUUGUGUUCUAUCCAGGAGAGGCGAUUUUGCUGAAAUCCAUGGAGUUUAGUGGGGCUAUUAAAUUUUUAAUUUUUUUUUAUGUAUCUGUGUUCUAGUUGCAAAAGUCUUAUCAAAGCACAAUACCGCCAGUAUGUAGAGGUGAUGUAAAAGAAAAAUGUACUAUUCUUCUUGAUAUAUUGUCAUAUUAUUAAUAUCGUAUUGAUCUAAUCUUCAGUUUUGUUUUGUUUCUCUUUCAUAUAAAACAUAACUCCGUAUAUAAGCCUCAUAAUCCUGUCUCCAUCUUCCAGGUGAAAGACUGGUCUAUUUAGUUGUCAGGUCAUAAAUGAAAUGUAAAUAUCUUUUUUUGGAACAGAAAAAAAAUGGUUAUUCUUUUCAGUGAAUUUCUCCCGCGCCUUUGUUCGUCGUUUUCGGAUGAAUAGGUAAAUAGGCGGAGCGAUGUAUUUUUCCACUGCAGAUUCUGUGCAAAUGUUAAUUUGUAAUCAUGAGUAGCUCUCAGAAAAUUUGAUUGAGGGGUUCCGCACUUCUUCUUCUCCUUCCAAGGCAUUUAGCUGUGUCUCUCUUUCCUCCCAUCAACGUGUUAUCUUUUGUUUUUGCCUCAUACAACAGUUUCUUGAAACUUAAUCGGCGUGGCUUGGAGGCUUUGGGGGAAAGGAGGCUGGUAUCAAAGUAGACAUUUGCUUAUCUGCUUCAACCAUUCAACUCUGCUGCAGUUUUAACAGCUGCGAGCAACAACAUUGGUAUUUUCCGAGAGCCCUUGCUCUUGAAAUGUAAUUAUAGUUUCAGCUGCCGUAUGACAAAAGGAUGGAUGGAAAAAAUGUCCUGCACAGCCGACACAAAUUUUAUCAAGAUUGUCAAUCAAGCAGCAGCAGCAGCCGCCAAUUCAGCUUCUCUUGUAUGCUACUGUACAUCUGGUGCUGCCAACUGCCACGCUUGGAUUAAAAAAAAAAAAAGCAGCGGUGGUGAUGCAUGACUCUGUUAAUAUUAGAACCCAGUUACAGACGCCCCUUGAACAUGGUCUGCCUCGAAAAUCACGUUAGCCGCUCGAUCAGCUGCACACGAGUCCACGGCGACCAGACGUGAAGGGUUAUUCUGGGAUGAGAAGUUUUACUUUUGCCUUUAUGAUUUUUUUCAUGGUUUCUUUUAGUGGGGAAAGCAAAACUUCAACAUUGUUCAUCGAAUGUGAGUGCGCGUUCAUUUUCUAUUAUUCAGAAGAGAAGCCUCAGCUGGUGACCACACAUUAAUAUACAAGCGUCACGGGAACCAGCUCCAACAUCUGAUGAAGAAAUUGUCCCCCUUUUUUUGAAUGUCUGAAACAUGAUUAUUUUUUUUGCCCCCGAGACGUUUUUUAUUGUUUUUUUCUGUUGUACAAGCCAAGAAGACAAAUUAAUCCAAAAAAAAUUAAAUAAAAGUUGAUGCUGUUCA